AUGCCUAACCCGAGCAUGCAAAUCAUCGAUGAUGACGACAUAAGUUUUGAGCUUGAGAACAGGCCUGUGACGCGUAAGAUACGCACCUUGAUCGACAAUGGCGAAAUGAAAGUGGGCGAGUUCCAAAAAGCAGUUGGCAUCACGCCCAAUGCGUACUCGCGAUUCAUGAGCCAGCAUGGGAAGGAGAAGGGAGUUGAGUCUUCUGUAUAUCCGGCAGCGUACGCGUUCUUCCAGCAGCGCGAGAUGGCGGGCAUCAAGACGACUGCGAACAAGAAGGGGAAGAAGAAUGAAUGA